AGCAGGUCCAGGUGAUACACCUGUAUUCACAGGGAUUUUCAGCUGUUACAACAGAACAAACCCAGACAUGACCAUUUCUUACACUUUCGAAGUGGCCGAUGCUCGAUUCGGUGGCUUCACCAAACUGCUGUUCAGGUGGAAGGGAAGCAUCUACAAGCUGCUUUACAAAGACUUCCUGCUGUUCUGUGGGGUUUAUCUUUUCUUCAGUGUAUUUUACAGGUUCCUCCUCACACCAAAGCAGCAGGAUCUGUUUGAGCGCAUCGCCCUUUACUGCGACCAGUUCACCAACACCAGCUUCAUCCCAGUGUUGUUUGUUCUGGGUUUCUAUGUGACCCUGGCCUUUAACAGAUGGUGGGGUCAGUACACCAGCUUCCCGCUGCCUGAUAACCUGAUGAUGGUGGUGUCUGGGAACGUCCACGGGGCCGACGAGAGGGGUCGCCUGCUGAGACGGACACUCAUGAGAUACGCCAACUUAUCGUCAGUUCUCAUCCUCCGCUCCAUCAGCACCAGAGUUCACAAGCGAUUCCCAACUCUGGAGCACAUCGUGGAGGCUGGGUUUAUGACCGCACACGAGCUGAAGAAGUUUGAGUCGCUGCACUCUGAUUUCAACAAGUACUGGAUGCCUCUGACUUGGUUCUCCAACCUGGCGUCCAGAGCGAGAGAGGAGGGUCGAGUGAGGGACGACAUCGCACUGAGACUGCUGAUGGAUGAGCUGAAUAAGUACAGAGGAAAGUGCAGCCUCCUGUUUCACUAUGACUGGAUCAGCAUCCCUCUGGUCUACACUCAGGUGGUUACUUUAGCAGUUUAUACUUUCUUUGCCUUCUGUGUGAUCGGCCGACAAUUUCUGAACCCUGAGAAAGGAUACAAGAACCACAAUCUGGACAUGUACGUCCCUGUUUUCACACUGGUGCAGUUCUUCUUCUACGCUGGCUGGCUCAAGGUGGGGGAGCUGAUCAUCAACCCCUUCGGUGAGGACGACGACGACUUUGAGACCAACCAGCUGAUUGACAGAAACAUUCAGGUGUCAAUGCUGGCUGUAGAUGACAUGUACCAGGACCUGGCUCCAAUGGUGAAGGACAAGCACUGGGCACGGAGACACUUCUCCGUCCCGUACACUCUGUCCACAGCAGCAGAGACUCUCAGACCAGCAUUCAAAGGCUCCACGUUCGACAUGAGGUCAACCAGUAUAGCUUUUUGUGUUUUGUGUUACUGUUGCUCAGUCAGGAAAAAUGAGAAUAACUGCAAGACUUAUGUGCUUUUAGAGGAUUCAUCUUCUCACUAG